AUGAGCGCGGAAACGGGUCAACAUGAAGCGGCUGUAUCCCCGGGUGUCCCAGCUGCACCCGCAAACGCCCCCAGCGCGGUGCCUGCCGAACUGCAACCCGACACUCGCGGUGUGGCGGCGGCGGCGGUCGACCCCCAGGCGGCGCCUCUCCUCCCAACAGCAGCUGCCUCUCCAGCCGCAGCUGAGGAGCACCCCUUUGAGACAGACCCUGGAGACCACGCAGAGACGCCGUUUGAGGCGUACGAGCACCUAGAGCCACUCCUGGCGCGCCUGGCGCGGCGCCUGGGCACCACCAAGGCGGCGCUGCGCGUGUACGACCCAUUCUACUGCGAGGGCCGAAUGGUGCAGCACAUGGCGCGGCUGGGGUUCGAGUCCGUGUACAACAGGAACGAGGACUUCUAUCAGGUCAGGGCCGAGGGGCGCUGCCCUGAGUAUGACGUGCUCCUCACCAACCCGCCCUUCAGCGGAGAUCACUUGGAGCGCAUAUUCCGGUUCGCGGUCAACUCAAACAAGCCCUGGUUCCUGCUCAUCCCGCAAUAUGUGGCCCGCAAGGCCUUCUACCUAGAGUGGCUCACCAACAGGCGCCCGAAGGGCGCACCCAAGCCGUCUUUCGUGGCCCCCACGCGCCAGCCCUACGUCUUUACUGCGCCGGACCGCGCAGAUGUCCGGCUCAUGCGGCUGGCGGACGGGCAACAGGCGGCGGCGGCAGCGGCGCCAGCAGCAGCGCAGCGGCAGGUGGCGGAAGGAGCCGCGUCGCAGGAGCAGGGAACGGCGCAAGGCCAGGUCGAGUGCUCCGGCUUGGGGGCGGAUGGAGAGGCCGAACAGCACCAGGACCAACUCUCGCAGCAGCAGCAGCAGCAGCAGCAGCAGCAGCAGCAGCAGCAGCAGCAGCAGCAGCAACCAGCCUUAUCAGACCAAGCCGCAGCCCCUGGCGCACUCGCCAGCAGCGGCGGCAGCAAUGCAGCCGGGGAAGUUGCCGGUCUUCCACCAGAUGCGGGCGCAGCACCCGCCGUCUCGGCGGCCCCGGCUGGACAGGCCUUCCAGGUCGCCGCGGGCAGCUUCCAGUGCGUGUGGUUCUUCAGCCUGGGGGAGCGCCACCACAAGCCGGUGGUGGAGUGGUGGGCCAACCAGCAGCAGCACCAGCGGGAGCAGCCGCAGCAGGAGCAGGAGGGGACAGCGGAGGACGCAGGCUCUAGAACAGCGGGCCCCAGCUGCACCGUUGUGUCGUCGAUUAACGAGGUGCCGCAGCUGAUGGCUGCUCCCAAGCUGACGCCUGCAGAGCGGAGGUGGCGGAAGAAGCAGCAGCAGGCGGGCGGGGAGCAGGCGGAAGGCGGCCAACAGCCAGAGCGUGGGGCGUCGGGCGGCAGGCAGGGUGAAAGCCGUGGUGGCCGGCAGCAGCAGCAGCGGCAGCAGGAGGGGGAGGCAGGCAGGAGUAGACAGGGCAGCAGGCAGGCACAGCAGCGGCGACAGCGUGUGCGCGUCCACGCUGCCGUCGCUGCGGGGCUCCCGCGACACCAUCAUCAUCAUCAUCAGCAGCAGCAGCGGCGGCAGGAGCAGCAGUGGUGGCGGGGGCAGCAACAGCAAGCGCGCUCCCGCAGCGCUCCCAGCAGCAGCGGCGGCGGCGGCGGCGGCGGCAGCGGCAGCAGCAGCGGCAGCAGCAGGGGCAGCAGCAUGGAGGUCGAACUCGACGUCCACGCACCCCCACGCUCGUGGGCGCAUUCGUUGCGCGAGUGGGGGGAGUUUUGCCAGCGAGUGUGGCUGUGCCGGCAGGACAAGCUUUUCAAGGUGGGGGGGACAGGUGACAGGCGGGGGGUGGUGAUGAGCAUCCGCAGGCUCCCAUGA